GGAUCUGAUCCCCUUGCUCCUCUCGUCUCGGCUACGCAUAGUCACGUACGGAUUGUACAUACAUACAUACAUACAUCCAUACCUCUAUACAUCCCAUAUAUACAUAAUAUACAAUACCUACGUACGUAGCGUAGCGUAUGUACAUCCCCCCUACCACACCAUAUACUUACAUACCCUAACGUACAGAUAUACACAUACACAUACUGGCAGACGGACGAGACAGGACGCAGCAGGUAGCUAAAGCUCGCUGGCUGGGCCACGCCCACCGUUUGAGGCGCUGGAACCAGACCAGAUAGGUCCCGUCCCCGUCCCCGUCUACAUACGUCCACGAACCACGAACCACGAACCACGACCCCCGUCCCCUGCCAGCCCUAGGUCGGGUUUCGUGACUUGGCCCCCCCCUUACGGCAGCACCUUGGAAUCGGCGUGCCCCUGCUCAGAUCGCGCCCCCAUAAAAAAUUGCAAAUUAAAAUCAAAUCAAAUGGCAGAGGCACAACAGGAACAGCCACAGGCUCAUCAACCUCAGCCUGAACCCGUCUUUGCCGUCGCUGAAGAACUAGCCCAUGCCCUCCCACAUCAAUCGCGGGCCAAGUCUCCAUUAUCACAAGCUACGCAAGAGCAGGAAAAUAUCCAAGGGGCGCAGGGGCAGGUACAGGCACGGGAGGCACAGGCACAAACAGAGCCAGAGCCAGAUGCCCACGAUUUCGAUUUCGAUCACCCACACCCACGCGCACGCGCACCAACUUCAAACUUAGAUCCCGCAAAUAAUGCAACGACGACAGUAGCCGCCGCCCACGCGCAGGAGCAGGAGUGGGCACAAGAAAAGGAUCGGGAAAAGGAACAAGAACGGGACCAGGGUUACCAGCUUCUUUCGGACCACUCUACCACCGACGGCUUCAGGCCAACCUCGACUCCAACCUCGACAUCUACGCCGGCGACCGCCUCACCCGCCGCCGAUCCCGUCGCGACUGCGCUCGCUGCCGACCAGGCUACUCAAUCCUCGGCGACCGUCGCCACCAACGGCGCUCUGCCCGACCAGCAAGAGCAGAAGCAGCACCAGCGCCAGCGCCAGCGCCGAGAAGCUGUUGCGCCGUCCCCGGAAGUCAUGUCGAACAACCCACCUCGCCAUCCUCAUGGGCCACCUCGACAGCCCGCCAGCUACCCGAAUCCUACGGCAUAUGCGACGUCCGCAAUGGCGGCUACGCACUACGGAUAUGCAAACCCGGCAGGUCAAGGACCGGACGCGUACCGCGCGAGCGUGGGCGUUCCCAGCAACGCCAUGGCGCUGCCAAGCAUGCGUACGUUCGACCCGGCUCAGCAGCAAGCUCAGCAGCAGCAGCACAUGGCGAUGGCGAUGCCUGUGAACCCCGUCCCGUCGGUUCCGUCGAUGCCGGCUCAGCAGCACAUGUCCUACUUCGCACAGCAACCCGGACCUAUGACUGCGAAUAACCCGUACGCCCUACCCCCCGACGCUCUGAGACCGCAAUAUGCUCUACCUCCAAGCGGACCAGGUAGCGUGCUAGGCGGUCGACACAAGAAGGAAAUAAAACGUCGAACAAAAACGGGCUGUCUGACGUGCCGGAAAAGACGUAUAAAGUGCGACGAGCAACAUCCCAUCUGCAAGAACUGUCAGAAAUCCAAACGCGAAUGCCUGGGCUACGAUCCCAUCUUUAAGAAUCAGCAGCAGCAGCAUCACACCAACAUUCGACCCGCUCCCAAUAAUCCGUCGGCCUCGUCUUCUUCCGCACCGCCGUCCAGUCGACCUCCCGCCUCUUCCACGCCCGCGUCCGGCGGCGCGCAAACCCAGACCUCUUAUACUGCUACCCUCCCCCCGCUGCGUCGUCGGUCAAGGGCGAGCCCGCUCUCGAAUACCCUACCGCUAUCGAUCCUACUUUAGACACCGUAUUGUCCACAACGACAAGGAAGAUGAAAGUCUACGAG